AUGACCCAACCGGUCGAGGAAAACGCGAUAGUAAUAUCAGAUGGCGAGACAGUAUCGGAAAUCGACGAGCUUCAGCAUCCCAGCAAUAAAGCCCUUGGGAAACGAAAGGUUGAUAUCGAUUUUGGGGAGAAGGAAGUUUGGGAUGCCGAUUCCGACUUGGAGCUCCCCAAACCCAAGAAACAGAAGGGGCGGCGCGCCGUAACUGGCAAGGAGAAGAAAGACAAGGCGCAGGGGAAAGGUCGGCCAUCCAAGAAGGGCGACGUAGUGAAGAUCAAUGUCACCGAGGAAGAGGACGAUCUAGAUGUUGCGGAAGCGCCAGACUACUUGAAAGAACGAAGGAAACAAUUCGACCAGAACCGGGAAAGACUGCAGGAGGCAGGGCUCUUGUUACCACCGGACUACUCUGAAGUCGUAUUCUCCGAAGAUGACCGACCGGAAAACCUCGAGCGGCGUCCCCAUUUCGACGAGAGCACAAAGAUCAAGCCCUGCAGGCCGUACGAAGACGUCGAGCUCGAGUAUUCGGCAGGUAUAAUACCGGCGUCUAUCGCCCAGUACUUACGCGAGUACCAAAUCGUCGGCGUCAGGUUCCUGCACCGUCUAUUCGUCUACCAAAGGGGAGGGAUUCUUGGAGAUGACAUGGGUCUCGGCAAGACUGUCCAGGUUGCGACGUUCCUUACGGCAGCUUUUGGCAAAACUGCUGACGAGCGGGACAAGAAGCGGCUCAAGAAGAUCCGUGACGUGUCUGGUCGCUGGUAUCCGACGGUUCUGAUCAUCUGCCCAGGAUCCAUCAUCGAGAAUUGGAAGAAUGAGCUGAAUCGCUGGGGAUGGUGGAAGGUCGAUGUUUUCCACGGCGCGGGGAAAGAAGAUGUGCUGUCCGCUGCCAGAGCGGGGCGGAUAGAGAUCAUGAUCACAACCUAUUCGACGUACAAGAAUCACAAGAGCCUGGUAAACACCGUCAAGUGGGAUGCAGUUGUCGCUGACGAAUGUCACCAAAUGAAGGAAAGGAGCUCCGAAGUCACCAAAGCAAUGAACGACGUGAACGCGCUGUGUCGCAUCGGGUUGACGGGUACGGCGAUCCAGAACAAGUACGAAGAACUAUGGACUCUAUUGAAUUGGACCAACCCUGGCCACUUUGGCACUCUAUCGGAAUGGAACACCACCAUCACCAGACCACUGACACGGGGCCAAUCCCACGAUGCGACCUUGAAUCAACUGCGGGACGCUCGAACUACCGCGAGGAAGCUUGUCACGAAUUUGCUCCCGGGAUUCUUCUUGCGCAGAAUGAAGACGCUGAUCGCUCACCAGCUGCCCAAGAAGAGCGACCGAGUCGUCUUUUGCCCUCUCACGGACCAGCAGCAGGAAGCAUACAAGAACUUCAUCAGUAGGCCUGAUGUCGAACUUCUGCGCACCUUAUCCGACCCGUGUGAAUGUGGCUCCGGCAACAAGCAAGGCUGGUGUUGUCGCAAAACGCUUGACGAUGGCACGGGGUGGCAAUCUAUCAUCUUCCCCUGCGUGACGACUUUACAGAAAUUGUCAAAUCACCUCACUCUCCUGAUUCCAGCUACUGGAAACGAGCAAGAUGAUAAGCACAAGAGAGAAAUGCGCACGCUUCAGACCUGCUGUCCAGACACGUGGAAAUACCUCUACAAGAACCGGGACGCUAUCAUGAACCUGGCCAACCCAGAGUUUUGCGGCAAGUGGAAGGUCUUGAAGAAGCUCCUUAAGUUCUGGCAUGACAGCGGCGACAAAGUGUUGGUCUUCUCGCACAGUGUUCGCUUGCUUCGGAUUCUUCAGCAUCUCUUCCAUAACACCAGCUACAGUGUCACAUAUCUGGACGGGUCGAUUAGCUACGAGGACAGACAAAAAGCCGUGGAUGACUUCAACUCUGACCCAACUCAAUUUGUGUUCUUGAUCUCGACAAAAGCUGGUGGUGUUGGUCUGAACAUCACUUCUGCGAACAAGGUAGUCAUUGUCGAUCCUCAUUGGAAUCCAUCGUACGAUCUCCAGGCCCAAGAUCGAGCAUACCGCAUCGGCCAAGUCCGGGACGUUGAUGUCUUUCGGCUCGUCUCUACCGGAACCAUUGAGGAGAUUGUCUACGCGAGACAGAUCUAUAAGCAGCAGCAGGCAAACAUCGGCUACACAGCUUCUUCCGAACGCCGCUACUUCAAAGGUGUCCAGCAGGACUCUGAACGCAAAGGAGAAAUCUUUGGAUUGGAGAACCUCUUCACAUACCGCGAGAACCAGCUCGUGAUCCGUGACAUUGUCAACAAGACCAACAUCGCCGAAGCGAAAGCCGGGACCGGUAUCGCAAUGACCACCGUGGACAUGGAGAAGCUCGCUAAGGAGGAAGGCGAGGAGCUGGGCAAGGUGAAGCUAGAGGGUGCGGCGGAUGCAUCGGAAGACGGCGACAUGGGCCAACUCGCAGCCUUCCUGGCCACAAAGACGGGUGGCGAGGAAGCAAAGAAUCAACAGGCCAAGAGCGAUGCCGUUCAGGCCAUCUUGUCUGCGGCGGGCGUCGAGUACACGCACGAAAACUCGGAGGUGAUUGGGACGUCCAAGAUUGAGGAGCAGCUUUCGCGCAAAGCGGAGAUGGCCGCCAGCUCCGAUAUCGAGGGGGAUGGCGACAGCGCGCUGUUUGCGGAUAGCCAGGUGUUUGACGCGCAGGCGCAGAAUCUCAAGGGCUUCUCGUAUGUCUAUAACCCGCCAGAGGAUGCCAUGCGACGGCAGUUCUGCUCCAUGGCGCGCGAGUUCGGGUUCGCGACGGCUACGGAGUUUGCGCUGGUCGUCGGCAGCUGGACGCAGGCCCAGAGGCGGAAUUGUCUGGAAGCGUUUUACAAGAUUCGCGAGGGCAAGUUGUUGGCCGAAGAGACUGUCAAAGCGGAGGAGGCGGCUGUGAGGGACGAAGUCAAGGCUGAGGUGAAGGAUGAGCCUAGAACUAAGGUCAAGAUUGGGGUCAAGAAGGAGAACCUGACGAUAGAUGACAGCAGCACAGAGACGGAGGACGAGGACGAGGACGUAAAAAAGGAAGACGACGCGGAAAGGAAGCCGACGGUCAAGGUCGAGAACGGCGGUGGCCCCAAGCGGACGCCGAUUUUCAUCUACGACAGUGAUGAUGAUGAUGAUGAUGAACUUUGA